UCAGAACGAGAAGCUCGUCUACUUUUAGGACAAGGGAGCUGAUGGCGUCUUUCAGCGGAAGUAAGGCUUCUAUCUUUGCUGCUAAUUCAGAUACUGAUGCCGAAACAGGCACUAAUUCACCUUCCGUCGAUGCCUGGUUGUCCGCUAGACAAGCACGGCAUCGCCAACUGUCUCGCUUAUCUGCUCCCUUGCCCCACAUGACACUCUCAGCGACGCCAGCACAUUUUUUUCCAAAGUGAAAACCCUGUUGGCAUUCUACGCAGGUUAGAAAUUUGCCCUCAGCCGGCAGCAGUCUCCUACAUAAACCACAGUUUGGUUCCAUUGUCAUCACACAAAUCAGAAAGGCAGCAGUCGGCGGCAAGCAUGAAACUAUUGUGAAAAACAAAAACUGAAUACUACACCUCACCUGCACCAAAGACAAGCGUAAGCGUGUGCCGAGCGCUUGCCGCCGACUGCGACGAAGCUGCCGCGCGGACGAGACUUUUUCCUCCUGGACGAUGCAGAUGCGCAGGCGCAGGCGUCCUGACUAGUGCGCCAUCAGCUCAGCUACCGACGACAGAAGCUAGGCGAGGGCCUCCAGGAUGGUUGAAGCACGUUCCGCCCACAACUCGGACAGAUGCUCCCAGCAAGGGCUGCACCAAAGACAAACUUGCUGUUUUGCAGGCGGAGUCAGAUAAACGUGCCAUUGCUGCGAAGUGAAGACGAAGUUUCUCAGAGUGCAUCGCAGUGAAAUUCACAUAUGGAGUUGGCUGUCAGCAUAAAGGGCGAGACCUUGAGGACCCCCAGGAGUUACAGUGCAAGGGCUGUGAUUACCACUAGCGCCGUCGUCACUCUGAUCUGCACGGCAUUCUUCGUAUCCCUCAGGUGGACCAUGAGCAGGAGCUCCCCUGAGCCCCUGUGUUCAGGUUCUGGCUGCGAGGCGUAUGCGCAACUUCUCGAGGAGAUCACCAACCGGUCUGCGGAGCCAUGCCACGACUUCCACAGCUACGUGUGCACACGUAGGCGCGGCAAUCAGCCGCGCUCCGGCAGGGAGCACGCGCUGCGCGCGUUCAGGGAGCACGUGGUCGCCGCCGCCGAAUCAUUGCGCAGCUCUGAGUCACCCUCUCCUGCCGCACUAAGCGCUGCUCGUCUCUACAAAUUAUGCCAAGACAUUCUCCUCAAGAAGAGAACUGAGACAGAAGAACUGAAGAAGCUCCUGGAAGACGUGGGAUCAGAGUGGCCAAAUAUGGACAGGAAGCCUGACCUACUGAAGUUGGUGGUGCGUCUCAGCGUGCUAGCAAGAUGGGACAUGCCACUCAAAGUCAUUGCUGACAUGAAUGAAGACGGUGUGAUCGUGAUACGUAUUUUUCCUUCGAGAAACUUUGAAACAGUAAUGAAAGUAAGGCUACAACUUGCUCGAUUACAGAGGUACAAAUCGCAUUACGUACUUCUCCGUGACAGUUUGCUUGCAAAAGGAGCAAAUAGGCUUCCCUUUGAAAAGCUGCAUGUAUUGGAGCACGCGGCAAUAUCGAGGCUAAAGAGAUAUUACUACGCGUCACCGAGGCACAACUUGGCGCAAGUAGAGUUGCCGAAGGCCUCACUCCUGACUCCAUAUUUGACGACCUAUGCUUGGAAUCAGACGCUGACAGCAGUUUUCGGGGAGCUGACGCCACGGACGAUUUUGCGUGUCGAAAACUGGGCUUUUCUCAAGGUGCUCUUUGAAUUAAAGGGUCGCAUUGGGGAGCAGAAUGCAAGCUGGUUCAUCUCCUGGUGCGCUGUCAUGCUUAUAUCUUCGAUGACCAACUCUGACGCCAUUAUGAAUGCAUACAACAAACUUGAACAUGCUAUGAAUGCGCACCGUGACUUGUGUUUCGACAUGGCUCACAAUGCUUUUGGCUACGCCUUCUACGCGCCACACGUGGGAGAACUGGCGAACCCCAACGCGCGGCUAGAAGUGUCUCAAAUAAACGCCCGCAUACGGUCCGCUAUGGGGCUUAUAGCCACGGGGUGGAUUCUGGAAGACAGAGUGUCCGCUUUCCAAGCAAGCGAUCCGCAAAAGCUGUACCAGGAAGUGUUUAAGUCGUCGCCCCUGCGACUGCGGGCGGCGUUCGGGCCGCAUCCCAACAUGACCGGUAGGCUGACGGUCGACUGGAGGCUAGCCAUGGAAGCUCUCGACGGUUCUGUCGUCGGCGACGUUCAGCCCCGCUUUAGCCGCCAAGACUGGCACGACCUAAUCGUGGCCGCCGACGGCUCGUACCAGAUAACGCUGAUGCCGUACUCGAUGGAAUUUCCCUUGUACCACGUGGACGCUCCUUUGUCCCUCAAGUACGCCGGUCUUGGCUUCCAGAUUGCCACGGCGCUGUCUUCGAUGCUGUUCUCUAAAGAGGCUUUCGGUGCCGACAAAUCUCGCAGUGACAGGUUUGUGAGCGGCGCGCGCUGCCUGGAAGCGGACCAAGCAUAUCGGCACAGAGGCGUCGGCGGCAGCUACGGACAGUUGCUGCAACUCAUCUCGCUGAAGGCGUGUUGGACGGCGCUGAAUUCCUCCCGCGACACGCAAGACUCAGCUCCCCAGUCCACCCUGUCAGGAUUGUCCGAGGCACAGGCGUUCUUUGUGGUGUUGUGCUACAUGGAGUGCGGUACGUGGAUGGCUCGACAGUUCUGCAAUGAACUGCUGCGACACUCGCCGGAGUUUGCUCGCGCCUAUAGCUGCAGGAGAGGAGACCCCAUGGUGGCGUGCUUAGUGUGCAGUAUACCUGGCGAGAAAAGCUACGAUUCAGAAGGCGCCGACUUGUGCACGAAGUGACGGACGAAACAAACGCUCUUCUACGCGAAGCUCGUGCAAAUUAUUACGCCACCCACUCCAGUGUGAUCUUUUUCUAUUUUUGCGUGCAUUCUGCUUAGUCUAAUCUCUGCAAUAUACUGGCUGCUCGCAUUGUUAAAGUUAUCCCUCAUAAUAGCGUUGUGCAGCAUUUUUGACUGUUUCUUGACAAUCCUUAUAGGCAGUGGAAUAGCGUAACCUUUCAGUAUUUUUCCCCAGAUAGUAGCAGGCGCGUGUAGGUAAACUGUCGAUCUUAUAUUUUCACGCUUAAAGGAUGUGUACUGCUCUA